AUGCGUGCUUCUCUGGCACUUGCAGGCUUCGUCCUGGCGGCGACCGCACCGCUUGUUGCCGGCAAGGGCACCCUAGGCUUCGCACUCGGCACCAAGAAGCCCGACGGCUCGUGCAAAUACCAGGCUGAUUACGAGGCCGACUUCGACGCCAUCGCUUCUGCCUCCGGCUCCAAGCUCGUCCGCGGAUACUCUGCCGACGAUUGCAACUGUGCUCAGCAGAUUCUUCCGGCUGCCAAAUCGAAGGGUUUCCAGGUGGUCCUCGGUGUAUGGCCGGAUGUGGAAGAGAGCUUGAUCAAAGACACGAAUGCCUUGACCAAGUACGUGCCACAAUAUAAGGAGCAGGUUUACGGCAUUACGGUGGGCUCGGAGACUAUGUACCGCGGCAACUUCACUGGCCAACAGCUCCUCGACAAGAUCAAUUUCGUCAAGACCAAGCCCGAGCUUGGCUACCUGAACAAAACUAUUGGGACAGCGGAUUCUUGGAACAAGUUUGCCGAUGGAACUGGUGAUGAUCUGGUCAGAGGGGGCGUGACCUUCAUUCUCGCCAAUGCCUUUGCGUACUGGCAAGGCAAAGCCGCUGGCAAGGAUGCUAUCUACACAUACUUUGAUGACAUCCAGCAAGCACUAGCUCACGUCCAGAAAAUCUCGGGUAGCUUGGACAAAAUCGAAUUCUGGAACGGAGAGAGUGGCUGGCCCGCUGACGGUGGGUCUGACUUUGGCGCUGCCAAGGCAGGCACCUCCAACGCCGCGUCAUACUACAGCGAGGCGGUCUGCGGUCUCUUGGACUGGGGCGUCAACGCUUUCUACUUCGAGGCUUUUGACGAGCCGUGGAAGCCAGUAUCCAAGGGUGACAAUGGCUUAGUGGCAGACGAGACUCACUGGGGUGCCAUGAACGCCGACCGCUCGGCUAAGUUCAACCUCCAGUGCUAA